AUUCCUCUCGAUGGAUUGAAUUUGCAAAGCAUAUUGGAUUUUUGUGUAACGGAUAUUUCAAAGUGAAGUGUAUUCUGGGAUGGUCGAUUCAACUUCAACUCAAUUCGUAGUGUAAACAAAACCAUUCACAAUGGCAGCGGAAAUGUAAACAAAAGUCUAAAUUGUGAACUGUCAUCUUGUAUUCUUCAAGUGAUUGUUUAUGUUUCAAAGCAGUUUCUCUAGUCGAGUGAGUUUGUUGUUGCGAUAAAAUAAGAUUUUAAAGCUAUUCAAUAAUGUCGCAUGGACAUUCGCAUGGUGGUGGAUGCGGGCAUGAAGCUUUGGGCAUUGAAAACGAACUGGAAAUAGGUAUACAUUACAGCCUGUACGAGAAAAUUGACAUGCACAAUGUAGAAUGUUUGAACGAGGAGCUAGAAGGAUCCGGAAAGACUGUAUUCAAACCGUAUAAUGAGCGUUUGUCCCACGAUAAGUUCGUCAAAAGUGAUGCCGACGAGGAGUUGUUAUUCAACAUACCUUUUACCGGUAAUGUGAAACUAAAAGGAAUUAUCAUCAUUGGGGCGGAUGAUGAAUCUCAUCCAAAGAAAAUGCGUUUGUUUAAGAAUCGCCCCAAAAUGACAUUCGAUGAAACGUCUGUAACAGCCGAUCAAGAAUUUGCAUUGGAAAGGGAUGCGAAUGGUGUGAUUGAAUAUACUACGAAAGUUGUGACUUUUUCAAACGUGCACCAUCUUUCAUUACAUAUUCCUACCAAUUAUGGAGGCGAUAGUACCACCGUGUAUUACAUAGGCUUGAAAGGAGAAUUUAGUGAGGCUCAUCAUCACGGUGUGACAAUUUGCACUUACGAAGCACGCCCGAACGUUUCGGAUCAUAAAAAUGAUGUUUUUGAUUCCGUAAAUCAUCAAAUUCAAUAAUGUAACUGACGGGCAUUAGCUGACGGGAAAUAUAUUGAAUCACAACAAAA